GAAAUUCUGAGAUACGAUGAGCGCCUGUCAAGCAAUCACGUUUUAUCAUUCUUGCGGCUGCAAGUCAAAUAAAGAUCUGGUCUACUUUUGCACCACGCCUAACUGCCAGCAUGAGGCAUCAAAUCUUGUUGUUGGGGGUCUUCCGUUUGCUUGUGGAUCGCAGCAGGGGCGGUCUGAAGCAUGUAAAGUUGAAGACAAGGCAAAGAAGGAAUUUGUCAGGGAAGUAGACACGGCAGACAAGCUCCAAGAACUCAUGGUUCUCCCAGAAUGUACCAAGGAAGACAUUACCGCUUUAGUAUCACCCUGGACUGGGUCGCUGACUCCGGAUGGGGAGUUUUAUAGCCAUUAUCGACGAAGGCAUGCGGCGGAAUCAGAUGACUCUCCUUCGAAAGAAGCACCCCCUUUUAGUAUCAAUUCCAGUACGGAAGAAGCUGAUGUCGAGAAGGUUGGGCAAGAAUUAUGGGGGCAUUCCAAAGUCGGGGAUGAAGCUAACCGUAGCAGCGAAGACACGAAGGUAGGUUCUAGUCUGCAAGAUGAACAGGAGGAAUACAAUGGGGAUAUCAAGGGCGACUCUCUAGAGGAUGAGCUAUUUGUAAUAGGUGACGAGGACGACGGAGAUGAGUUCGUGGAUGUUGAGCUUGAUGAUGAUUACGAUAUUUACGAAGACGUCGAUAUUGAUAAGAAUUUGGAGAGCUAUGGAGAGCACGAAGGUAAGGCUAAUGUCGAAGACGACUUGCAGAGUAAUAUCGAAAAAGAUACCCAACACACCACCCACGGCAGUAUGAGCAACGCAGAGGUAAGUGCCAACGUAGCAGAAUACACCACCGAGACUUGUACGACGGAAAAGGAGAAGCAACGUAAUAUGAGCAUUCUCCCUUAUACAGGAGCCGUCGAAGCUUUUCGCAGCACAUUUAGCCCCGUCCACGACAGAUUCGGCGAGAUGGAGAUGACAGACGAUGUUAUCGACUUCCUCAUCGCCACUAAGGAGAGUGAGCCUAGCGAGCCCAAUGAGCCAGAGAGAAAGAAGACGGCGGUAGAAAGGUUCUGGUCGUGCUUUAGUAUGUAUAAAUAGGUGGCUUAUAGUUUGAGUAAGGGACUGGGAUUGAAAUUUAAUAAUAAAGUUAUCAACAGCGUGAUAUUGCCAAACCGAUGUGCCUUCGAAAUAUUCUAAUGUCUCUACGCCGAACCCUUGCAGAUUCACAUCACCCCAUCAGACGUUCGUGAAGAGGCCAGGGGGUCCUAUCGGAAUUUUCUACCCUCUCCACAGCAUCUACCCAUUUCUCGACUAUCUCGUAAGCAGAUUCGUUGUCGCAAUUCUGCACCGCAGCCUCGUAGUC